AUGUCGUCCAACAACACCUCGGCCAGUGUCUCCAUCGAUAAGUUCGAUGGGGACAACUACGCGACUUGGAGUCGUUACAUGCGUGGCGUGUUUCUGACCAAGUCGGUCUGGCACGUCGUUAACCGUGAGACGACGCCGAUCUUCGCGAGCCCUCGUUCCAUGGACGACUACGUCAAGACGAGCAACAUCGCGUUUGGUUUGAUGUUGCUCCACAUGGGUGCGGAUUAUCACCAUGUGGUCGACGACUGUGAGGAAGCAUGGGUUGCGUGGUCACGUCUUAAGUCGUUCUAUGGUGGAUCGCAGAAGGCCGGACGGAUUUACCUCAAGCGUCAGCUGUUCAGCAUGAAGAUGGCUGAAGGUGGUAACGUCUUGCAUCACUGCAAUGAUGUGUUGAACAUCGGCGCCAAGCUCAGCAGCAUCGGCGCCAAGAUGGAAGACGAAGACAUCGCGAUCUGCUUGUUGCUCAGUCUCCCGAAGAGUUUUGAGAACGUGGUUCUGAACUUGGAGAUGAGCAAUGCAGAACUGCGUACCCAAGAUGUGGUGAAGGUGCUGACGAAUGAGCACGCCAAGCGUCAAGGGGAGAAGGUGACGACAACAGCGACUACGGUGAAAGCUGAAGAUGCAACCAAGGCAUUCAGCACCGAGCGUGAGCCUUACCAAUGCACAUAUUGUGGCAAGGUAGGGCACAAAGUGGAUCGCUGUUGGACGAAGCAGAAGAAUGAAGGUCGAGGAGCCCGACGCGGCGGCAAUGGUCGUGGACGCGGGGCUAAUAAUGUCCAGUGGGGACAAUAUGAUGAAGGCAACAGCCACGAUCGAGUGGCAUUUGCAGUUUCUUUGGAAUGUGGAAUUUCGACAAACAAGAAUGGACCAGGAAUGUGGGCCGUUGACAGCGGGGCAACACAUCACAUCUGCCACGACAAGUUCAAGUUUGCAAGCUUGGUCGAAGGCAAUGGUGGCGAGAUUUUGGUUGCUGAUGGCAACAAGGUGGCCAUCAAGGGUGUGGGAACCAUCAUUGAGAAGGUGGUUCUGCCAAAUGGUGAAGAGCGUGAAAUCGAGAUCAAGAACGCUUUGUAUGUGCCCAGCAUGAGCAAGAAUCUGCUCUCGGUGCCCCAGAUCAACAAGCAUGGCAAGUUCCAAGUAGUGUUUGAUGGUACCAGGAUGUAUGUUGCUCACAAGGACUCGAAUCAAGUGGUGGCGGCUGCAGAUCUUGUGGAUGGACUUUACUGGCUUCGCACGACGCAGCGAUCGGCCAAUGCGACAUCACUCAGCAACGCUGUUGAUCUACAUGCGCGAAUGGGUCAUGCUCCAGUCGACGUGCUUCGCAAGAUGGUGACAAGCCACAUGAUCAAGGACGCUCACAUCCCUUCCAAGCCGAAUGGAUCAAGUGUAUGCCACGGAUGCCAGCAAGGGAAAAUGGUCCAGAAACCGUUCCCGAGCAACCGUGACAAGCGCCGCUAUGACACGUUUGAGCUUCUCCACUUCGACAUUUGUGGUCCUAUGGAGCAAGAAACACUGGGUGGUAGCAAGUAUUUGCUCCUCAUCGUGGACGAAGCCAGCGGAUGCAUGAAAGGUUUUUGCCUAAGUGCCAAGUCUGAGAGCGAAGAACAUCUCAAGACCUACAUCAAGAUGGUGCAGACGCAGUUCAACAAGCAAGUCAAGUUCGUGCGUCACGAUGGAGCUCGAGAGUUUGCGACGAGCUCGCUUCAAGAUUUCUACGAGGAUGAAGGCAUUGAACAACAGACUACGGUGCCAUACGCACAUCAAGCCAAUGGAACUGCUGAACGCGCGAUUCGGACUAUCGUCACGAUUGGUCGUAGCAUGCUACAUCAUGCCAAGCUGGACAAGUGCUUCUGGGCUGAAGCAGCAAUGACGGCAAUCUACGUGAAGAAUCGUCUGCCGUCGCCCAAGAUCCCCGACAUGACACCAUUCGAGAUCGUGUGCCAGUCCAAGCCAAGCGUCAAACACAUGCGUGUUUUUGGAUGCCAAGCCUACAUUCUGACGUCAAGUGAGAAGCGACUCAAGUGGGAUCCCAAGGCUCGCGCUGGAAUCUUUUCGAGCUACGAAGAAGUGUCCAAGGCAUAUCGUGUAUUUGACAUCGAGGAGGGGCAGGUGAUGAUAAGUCGCGAUGUCAACUUCGAUGAGUCGGCCUUUGGAAUGUCGAUGCUGAUUUCCGAUGACGAUGUUGAUGGCCUGGACUUCGAAUCGAUCGAUCUUGAUGAUGAAGAACCGCGUCCGAGACACUUCAAACAAACAGGAAAGCGCAAGGCCCAACCCAGUCACGACAAUGACGACGCAAGCAUGCCCCGAGCAGUGCGCCAACGACCCGGAUUGGAAGAGUCAAGUGCGCCGGAUGACCUCUCUUCACGUCGAGCCAACGAAGAUGAAGAAAGGAAGUCGGAGGAACAACAUGACACACCGACUUCCUCCGCGUUUUGGCGUGCGAGUGCAAAUGCUGUUGAAGCAGCAGUGGAUUUGUCGGAACCGUCGACAUUUGAAGCAGCAGUGACUGGCCCGGAUCAAGUGCACUGGCGUAAGGCAACUCAUGCGGAGCUCGAUUCGAUGCGACUUCGUGGAGUGUUUCGUGCAGCCAAGUUGCCCAAUGGACAACGUGCCAAUGGUACCAAGUGGGUCUUCAAGAUCAAACGCAAAGCAGACGAAUCCAUCGAGAAGUACAAGGCACGUCUCGUGGCAAAGGGCUUUCGCCAGAAGUAUAGAAUCGACUACACCGAGACGUUUUCGCCCGUGGUCAAGUAUGUGACCUUACGCAUAGUCAUUGCGGUUGCCAAGCACUUUGGAUGGACACUUGACCAACUCGAUGUGGUGACUGCCUUUCUUUAUGGUGUGAUGAAGGAGCAAGUGUUUUGCGUGAUUCCUGAAGGUGUUAAGAUGGAAGGUGAUUUGACUGUCUCGAGUUGGUGA